AUGCGCAUAUUUCUUAUCUUCGUUGCCAUUUUCGCUGUUUCACAAGCGGUAAGUGAAGAUCAACAUCGAACUCUUUGGAAUUCCUUCAAAAAUGUUCAUAAUAAAGUUUAUUCGAAUAAACAAGAAGAAAAAUAUCGUUUCGGAAUAUUUAAAACAAACUUGGCUAAGAUCAAUAAACAUAAUUCCGAAGCCGAAAUCGGUUUACAUUCAUAUACACUAGGAGUCAAUCAAUUUGCUGAUCUGACACAUGACGAAUUCGCUAAGAAAAUGUUAGGUGGAGUGAAAAUUCCUGCUGAUCCAUUGAAAAGACCAACUGGACAACGAUUUAACCCACCAGCUAAUGUUGAAAUACCAGCAUCGGUCGAUUGGCGAACAAAAGGUGCGGUAAUUUCAGUCAUUGAAAAUCAAGAACAAUGUGGUUCAUGUUGGGCAUUUACCGCAACAGGUGCUUUGGAGGGUCAACAUUUUCUCAAAACAGGACAUUUAGUUCGAUUAUCUGCACAAAAUUUAAUGGAUUGUUCCGGUAAAUUCGGUAAUAUGGGUUGUAAUGGAGGCUUGAUGGACGCUUCAUUUGAAUAUAUCAAAGCCAAUGAUGGUAUCGAUACUGCAGACAGUUAUCCAUAUGAAGCCAAAGAUGGUAAAUGCCGUUUCACUCGCGCAAAUGUUGGCGCAACUGAUACAGGUUUUGUCGAUCUUCCCGAAAAGAAUGAAACAGCGUUACAAAUUGCUAUAGCUACAGUUGGUCCAAUUUCAGUUGCAAUCGAUGCUUCGCACAGUUCCUUUCAACUCUAUAAAUCAGGAGUUUAUUAUGAACCAGCUUGCUCAUCAACAAACAUCGAUCAUUCAUUUGUCUUAGUUGGUUAUGGUACAUUGAAUAACAAAGAAUAUUACAUAGCCAAAAACUCUUGGGGAGAUACUUGGGGUGACAAAGGUUAUGUUUUAAUGAGCCGAAAUAAAAAUAAUCAAUGUGGUAUUGCAAAUAUUGGUAGUUAUCCUCUUGUUUAA